AUGAGUUCAGACGAGAAGGGCAUAUCCCCUGCUCAUAAAACAUCCACCCCCACCCAUAGAAGUGCCUCCUCUUCCACGUCCUCCCAGAGGGACAGUAGGCAGAGCAUCCACAUACUGGAGAGGACUUCUUCCACGAGCACCGAACCCUCUCUAAGUCGGCAGCUGCUGGAGCCAGAGCCGGUGCCACUCUCCAAGGAAGCUGACAGCUGGGAAAUUAUAGAAGGACUGAAAAUAGGCCAAACCAAUGUCCAGAGACCAGACAAACAUGAGGGUUUUAUGCUAAAGAAGAGAAAAUGGCCUUUAAAAGGCUGGCACAAGCGUUUUUUUGUCCUGGAUAAUGGAAUGUUAAAGUAUUCAAAGGCACCACUUGAUAUCCAGAAAGGGAAGGUCCAUGGAAGCAUCGAUGUGGGACUCUCUGUCAUGUCAAUUAAAAAGAAAGCUCGGAGAAUAGACCUUGAUACCGAAGAACACAUCUAUCAUUUGAAGGUGAAAUCCCAGGACUGGUUUGAUGCAUGGGUCUCCAAACUGCGCCAUCAUCGGUUGUAUCGGCAGAAUGAAAUUGUGAGAUCCCCACGAGAUGCUAGUUUUCACAUAUUUCCUUCAACCUCCACAGCUGAAUCCUCACCAGCUGCUAAUGUUUCAGUUGUGGAUGGAAAGGUGCAGCCAAACAGCUUUCCAUGGCAGUCCCCUCUGCCCUGUAGCAGCAGCCUCCCUGCAACCUGCACGACCGGCCAGAGCAAGGUGGCAGCCUGGCUCCAGGACUCGGAAGAGAUGGACAGGUGUGCGGAAGACCUUGCACACUGCCAGUCAAACCUUGUGGAACUUAGCAAACUCCUGCAAAAUUUGGAAAUACUUCAGAGAACUCAGUCAGCACCUAACUUUACUGACAUGCAGGCUAACUGUGUAGAUAUUUCAAAGAAAGACAAGCGGGUCACAAGACGAUGGAGAACAAAAAGUGUCAGCAAAGAUACAAAAAUACAACUGCAGGUUCCUUUCAGUGCCACCAUGUCCCCCGUUCGCUUGCAUUCCUCCAACCCCAACCUUUGUGCAGAUAUUGAAUUUCAGACUCCCCCUAGCCACCUCACAGACCCUCUGGAAAGUUCAACGGAUUAUACAAAGCUUCAAGAAGAAUUUUGUCUAAUUGCACAGAAAGUGCAUUCUCUUUUGAAGUCUGCGUUUAACAGCAUAGCUAUAGAGAAGGAGAAGCUUAAGCAGAUGGUUUCUGAACAGGAUCACAAUAAAGGCCACAGCACGCAGAUGGCACGGCUCCGACAGUCACUGUCUCAGGCACUCAACCAGAAUGCUGAACUAAGGAGCCGGUUGAACAGAAUACAUUCAGAAUCUAUUAUUUGUGAUCAGGUUGUUAGUGUAAAUAUUAUUCCUAGCCCUGAUGAGGCUGGUGAGCAAAUCCAUGUCAGUCUACCCUUGUCACAGCAAGUAGCCAAUGAGAGCCGCCUCUCCAUGUCAGAAUCUGUCUCUGAGUUCUUCGAUGCCCAAGAAGUGCUCCUCUCUGCAAGCUCAUCAGAGAAUGAGGCUUCAGAUGAUGAGUCUUACAUCAGUGAUGUGAGCGAUAAUAUAUCUGAAGACAAUACCAGUGUUGCAGACAACAUCUCUCGGCAAAUCUUGAACGGGGAGCUUACGGGAGGAGCCUUCCGAAACGGACGUCGAACAUGCCUGCCAGCUCCCUGUCCCGACACCAGUAACAUUAACCUGUGGAAUAUAUUGAGGAACAACAUUGGUAAAGACCUGUCUAAAGUCUCCAUGCCUGUGGAGCUAAAUGAGCCACUUAAUACUCUGCAGCAUCUCUGCGAGGAAAUGGAAUACAGUGAGCUCCUGGACAAGGCUUCGGAAACUGACAGUCCCUAUGAGCGCAUGGUUCUUAUUGCUGCAUUUGCAGUUUCAGGAUAUUGCUCCACCUAUUUCAGAGCAGGAAGUAAGCCAUUCAACCCUGUCCUUGGGGAGACUUAUGAAUGCAUUAGAGAGGACAAAGGAUUCCGAUUUUUCUCAGAACAAGUUAGCCAUCAUCCACCCAUUUCUGCCUGUCACUGUGAAUCCAAGAAUUUUGUGUUUUGGCAAGAUAUCAGAUGGAAAAACAAGUUCUGGGGCAAGUCAAUGGAAAUCUUGCCUGUGGGAACCCUGAAUGUCAUGCUUCCAAAGUAUGGAGAUUGCUAUGUGUGGAAUAAGGUCACCACGUGCAUACACAACAUCCUAAGUGGGAGGAGAUGGAUAGAGCAUUAUGGAGAAGUAACCGUUAGAAAUACCAAAAGCAGUGUUUGCAUUUGCAAACUCACAUUUGUCAAGGUGAAUUACUGGAAUUCUAACGUGAAUGAAGUCCAGGGGGUUGUGAUGGAUCAGGAGGGGAAGGUGGUGCACCGGCUGUUUGGGAAAUGGCACGAAGGGCUGUACUGUGGUGUGGCCCCUUCUGCUAAGUGCAUCUGGAGACCAGGUUCCAUGCCCACCAACUAUGAGCUCUACUAUGGCUUCACAAGGUUUGCUAUUGAGCUCAACGAGUUAGAUCCUGUACUAAAAGACCUCCUUCCUUCAACAGAUGCCCGAUUCCGGCCAGAUCAGAGAUUUUUGGAAGAAGGAAAUUUAGAAGCUGCAGCAUCAGAGAAGCAAAGAGUAGAGGAACUCCAGAGAUCUCGAAGACGAUACAUGGAAGAAAACAACCUUGAACAUAUACCAAAAUUUUUUAAAAAAGUGAUUGAUGCCAAUCAAAGAGAAGCCUGGGUUUCUAACGACACCUACUGGGAGCUGCGAAAGGACCCUGGGUUUAGCAAAGUAGAUAGCCCUGUUCUCUGGUAA